AUGUUUGGUUUCAACAGCAUCUGGCCUUGAGGCAGGUGGCGGUAAUGCACAGUUAAGUUGCGAUCCGACAAUAAAAGAGAAGAAGAAGAAGCAACGGCGUAUGAACGUGAAUCCCGCGAUAUCUGCUUUGAUCUCGUAGCGGCUGAUCCACUACGAGAAGUGAGAAAUGUCCGACUUUACAGCUCUUAUUUCACUACUCUCCUGACAGCAGCCGUCUACUCUCGUCUACUUUCAAGGCGAGGCGUUAGGCAUCUCGAACAAGCCUCUUAUUUCUUCCGGGACGAAUAUUUUCCACAAAGAUGCAUCGACUUGCAGAUGGUCAGCUUCAAUCUCAAUGUAUUUCCAGACAGUCAGACUCUUUUUUUUUCUUUCUUUCUUCUUCUUCUUCUUUGUUUUUUGAAACAGAUAAAAGACUACUUCAAAACUUGUUUUAAACAAGGUAAACAUUUCUGUUUUAGAAUUAAUACACGUGUUUAUAAAUUACAUGAAAACUAUGUUGAAGUUCAAAUCAUUAAAGGUGCACUCAGUAGUUUUAAGAAAUGCAUAGUAAUUUUGAAACAUAUGUAUAAAAUCAUGACCACAUACGUGAGUAAUAAGACUUUAGUCAUAUCAGUAACCUUAUUUCAGCUGUUUUAUUCUACAUGGAGAGGAUCCCUCAUGGGGGCAGCCAUGUUGGGAUCAUGUUAGCGCACAUUUACAUAGAAUUUUUUUUAAAAGAGAGUGGACAGAUGCAAAAAAUAUGUUCGGCACGAACGGGCCCUAAAGGCAGGGGUAACUUUGUUUUUCUACAUGCCGUUCCAUCUAGCACAGGGUCGCGCGCACAGUAUACUCUUUUGACCGUGUUGGAAGGGCCGUGUCGUCUUCAAAGAUGAUUGAUAGCAAUGAUUUUGCAAUUUGUAUUAUUAUUAUUAUUUUUUAGUGCUUUGUUUCAAUAAUAUUAAUUUGUUAUAUAUGACAGAUCAUAUAGUCAAGUAAUGUACAUUUACAAGCUUGAGCUAAUGACUACCCUUCAUGUGUUUUAAUGCAAAUUAAUACAUAAUUUGAUUGAUAUAAUGUAGGAGUAUUUUCUCACUGGUACAACAUAAAAAGAGUUCUUGCCGUCAUUUAUUGUGUAUUUUAUUUAUAUAUUUAUAAAUAUUGUUUGGCUUCUUCCAUAUUUUAUUUCCGAGUUGAAUAACAUGUCUUAAACAUUCUUGGUCUGGGUAUGUUCUGUCAGAGAUAGUUUAGCAGAGACUAGCAACUGGUAAUACAUUUGGAGAAAUUGGAACGCCCAAAGGCCAACGGAUGUAGUACGGGAAGUCCCGCCUAACAGAUAAGUGAGCCAAUCACCUUUUAGAUACAGACAUCGCCUGUCAUUCAACUCGAGAACGCCCAUGCGCUUUAGCCGAACCAGCUUGAAAAAUAGCUUUUUAUAGCGUGAUCUGAGCUGAAGAAGCACAGUUUGUUGCCAUAUUUACUGCUGAUCGUAAUAUUGGCCAGCUACUUUGGAGAUUUCGAUGUUUCCCCAUUCAAGUGAUAUGAGCUGUGUUUUUAUCCCACUUGUUUAUAUGGAGAAUAGCUGCCCAGCCUGCCCGGGAGCGUUACAAAGAUGGCCGCCGAGUGGACUGACUUGCCAUUAAGUGGACUUUGGUUUCGUGACAGGCUACACCAGAAAUAGCAGAGUAGUUUGCGGUUUGAUUUAGCGGACAUAAACGCCGUGGUCAGAGGAAAACGGCGCAUAGUAGUGUGUCAUUACCGCACAUUACUUAGCAAAUACUACUACUAAACGGUUGCGUUCGACUUAUUUGGACGCCGUCUCACCCAGAAACUGUAAACAAAUUCAGAAACAGAGAGUCUAUGGGGGCAGGUCAACAACAGCUCUGCAAUUAAACACAAGCGACCACUGGAAAAGCAUAUGAUAUCGCGACCCUCUGACCCCCUCAAACAAACUAAAGACACUGUAAUAAGACAAACGCGUUUGCAACGUGCAAAACAACAGAGAGCCAACAGAACUCGAUGAGCUACAGCACGGUCCACUUAAUUCUGCAACCAAACAGCUCCCUAAAUCUACAUUCAUAUCAAUAAGUGAAACUUUGCAUACUAAAUACAUUGGAUUUGGAGGACUUUGGAUCUGUGGACUUUGAAGAGGUUAAUUUGAAGCACGACCAUGACUUUACUACCGAGGCUUGUACGGUGGAUUGAGAGAAGCGCUGCAUCGAUCCACUUUCACUAUCGCACAGCCAACAUGUCCACGAAUAACAAGAGACUGAGAGUCCUGGUGGACAUGGACGGUGUCAUCGCAGAUUUCGAGGGAGGAUUGUUGAAGAAAUUCAAAGAAAGGUACCCGAAUGAUCCGUAUAUAUCAUUAGAGGACAGAAGAGGAUUCUGGGUGUCCACACAGUAUGGGGAUCUGAGAGCUGAUCUGUGUGAGAAGGCCAUCAGUAUUUGGGAGUCCAAAAACUUCUUCAUCGAGCUUGACCCUCUUCCUGGAGGAGUGGAGGCUGUGAAGGAGAUGUCCAAAAUGGAGAAUACAGAUGUCUUCAUUUGCACCAGUCCAAUAAAGUGUUACAGCUACUGCCCAUUUGAAAAGUAUGCUUGGAUAGAGAAACACCUGGGGCCUGAGUUUCUGGAGCAGAUCAUCCUGACCAGAGACAAGACCAUAGUGACAGGAGACCUCCUCAUAGAUGACAAACCUGAUAUCCUGGGUGUGGAGCCAAACCCCUCCUGGGAGCACAUCCUUUUCACUGCCUGUCACAACAAGCACCUGCUUCCAGACCCCUCCCGGCGACGGCUUCUGUCCUGGGCAGAUGACUGGAGGGGUAUUCUGGCAAGUAAGCGCCAGUAAGACAACCUCAAAACAAUGCAUCAUGCAUCUUGCACCCAGUGCUGUCAUACACUCAACCUGCCUUUAGGGACAACAAGCUGAUUGGUGCACAGAUGGGUAAAUGGUACCAACUGUAAUAAGUUGAACAGCAUUUAAGUGUUAGUUCGCCCAAAAAUGAAAAUUGUGUGGUCAAUUUACUCACCUUCAUCGUGUUCACAACCUUAAUGACUUUCUUUCUUCCACUGAACACAAAAGGAGAUGUAAGGCAGCAGAAGGACAGCCUUACUCACGUUCACUUUCACUGUAUGAAAAAAAAAAAAGAUGCAAUGAAAGUAAAUGGUGACUGAGGCCGUCAUCUCAUUUAUGUUCCAUUGCAGAGAAAACAGCAUGAGGAUGAGUAAAUGAUGACAAAAUUUACAUUUGGUUAUAAUAGUCAUUAGUCAUAAUAGUUCACCUAAAAAUGAAAAUUCUCUCAUCAUUUACCCACCCUCGUGCCAUCCUAGAUGUGUAUGACUGACUUACUUAUGCAGAACACAAACAUAGAUUCUUAGAAGACUAUUUCAGCUCUGCAGAUCCAUACAAUACAAGUGAAUGUUGAUCAGAACUUUGAAGCUCCAAAAAGCAUAAAAGUAAUCCAUACCUCCAGUGGGUUAAAUCUAUGUCUUCUAAAGUGAUCUUAUUGGUUUUGUGUGAGAACAGACCAAAAUAAACUCCUUUUUCACUGUACAUCUUGCCAUUGUAGUCUCUUGGCAAUAUCAUUAUUUCAAACUCAAUUACACUUCCUAGUGCUUGAUGCGUGCGCAGAGCAGCGCAAAUGCUGAUGUCAAGAUUUAUAGUGAAAAAGAACAUGUAUUUUGAUCUAGAUAACUUCUGAAGACAUGGAUUAAACCACUUGAGUCGUAUGGAUUUCUUUUAUGCUGCCUUUAUGUGCUUUUUUGGAGCUUCAAGGUUUUACUCACCAUUCACUUGCAUUAAAUGGACGAACAGAGCUGAAAUAUUCUUCUAAAAAUCUUUGUUCAGCAGAAGAAAGAAAGUUAUACACAUCUGGGAUAGCAUGAGAGUGAGUAAAUGAUGAGAGAAUUUUCUAAGUUGGAUGAAUUAUUCCUUUAAUGAAGCCCUCAUAUUCAGUAUUACUUUGUAUAUUUGUUAUAUUUUGCAUGAUUAUUGAUUACCCAGGCAUCAUUGAAAAUAUUGAAUAGGGGGUAUAAUCAGAGGGAGGCAAAAUCAUUGAUUUUUAUUUUAGAAUCCAAAGUAAAUUAUUCAGUCUUUCAUGCAAGACUUUUAUUAUUACUCUGUCAUCUUUUUAUUGUUUAUUAUGCUUUCUAUUGAGGGCUGAGACUUUUCUUUAAAUUUCUAGUUUACACAAAGCAUGAACUGCCUUCCACCUCAUUUUUAAAAAAGAGGAACUGUCUACGGAAGGGAGAAUAUUUAAGUAAGUUCUAUCUCCACUCCUGUCUAACCGCACAAACAUUAGCAUAAGCUGCUUUCAAACUCGCUAAGAAUUUUCACUGGUUAUUCUCAUUCUGAUGGGAUAAUGUCAGCAUGAAUGCAUAUUUAUAUUAUUUUUAAUUCAGGGAGAACACAAUACUCAGAACAAGGACAUGUUUAUUAUUAUAUCAUAACUUUUGUUUUGAGUGUCACUAGUUGACUAGAUCAGACUGACCGAACCACUGUGAACACCUUGGAAGACUUGGGACUGAAGUGACAUAUUCUUGGGCGUGUACCACUCUUGACACUAGAGGGCACUCUGAACACAUGUAAUAAUUAGAAAACCUCAAGUACUUGGAUGUUGCUUUUUUAACCAGAGUCUCAUAACUUAUUUGUUUUGGAUCUUUUAAUGAAUGUUUUAUGCCAUGGGGGUAGGUGAAUUGGUUUAUGACUUUGGUAAUGUGCUGAUGUACAAUCAGGCAUCUAAAAAAAUAUAAUUAAUUAAACAGAGUGAGAGAGCCCACAUACAAUCAAAGAAUACAUGUGCAGAGUUCAGUACUGUAAACAAAAGCAUAUUUAUCUUUUGUGUGCCAUUUUAAACUACUUAUUGGUUGAAUGACAAAGGCUUGGCAUGGCUUUGAAACAAGAAAAGUUUAUCAUCUGUUUGCAAGAACGAGCAAUCAAAGCAUAGUCAUGCUGUAGAUUAAAUAUUUCAAAGUUCUACAAGAACACACAGAUGGUCAAAGGAUGUUUAAAGUUCACUGAUGCUGAUCAUCAAAUACUUAUUGCUCAUGUGCUGCUUAACUGGGAACAUUAGGGUUUAGUCACAGCGAAAAUGGUAUUUGCUGGAUUUCCUCAUAAAUAUGACUUAAAUUAGUACGAGAUCAUGAGAUUGGCAGGUACAACAAACUUAUUUGUACCUGACUACGAUGAAAUUCAGUGAAGUUUAGGAGAGAACCACUUUUUAUUAUUAUUAUUUAUUUAUUUUUUAUUUUUUUGCAGUCUGUUACCAUUAUAGUUCAUUAAAGUUUAUGAAAUAAUCUUAGGAAGGUUAUAUGACAGACAUCAGGAAUUCUGAUGCAGUGUAACUAAUUCAACAGGGAUGCAGCCUUACCUUUGUGUAAUGUUUAAUAUGUUUGUUCAUGUGUUUCAUGUCAUGUGGUCCCCUGGUCAUGUGAUUUCAUGUUUCCCUCCAUGUUCAUGUGUCUUGCUUUCAUUGGUUUAUUGUCUUGUUACCUUAUUAUCAGUUCUGUCUUGUCAUUGGUUGUCAUGUUUCUCCCUUGUCCAUGUAUUUAAGCCUCAUGUUUGCCAUUGUCAGGUAUUGUAAGUGUAACGUUGGAUUGUUUGUCAAGUCAAGUUCAUGUUUUGUAUUUUGUUCACGUUGGGAGUUACGGUUUUGGAAUUUCACGUUUGAUAAUAAAACUGCACUUAGGUUCAUCACACGUCAUUGCCAGCGACAGCAUUACAGAAUACCUGACCAUCGCAAGAUGAAUUCAGCAGUUCAACUCCUGCGUCUUUACCAGGGGAAUCGAUCCCUGGAAAAUUAUGUGGAGGACUUCUGCACUCUGGCCUUCCAGGUGGACUUUAAUGAAGUCACCUUCAAGGACAUUUUCUGGGUGGGAUUGAGUGAGCCAGUUUCCUCCUCGAUGCCUGGCGGCCGCAGUCCCCUCAAUCUGGCUCAGUAUAUCGACCUUGCCCUGCAGAUAAGUGGUUCUAUGUUCACUGUGGGGGAGGUGGAUGCCGAGCCUGAGUUCCACGUCAUGGCCGCCAAGCCAGAGUCCCACAUCAUGGUUGCUGAGCUAGUGCCACCUUUUGCCCCGGAUCCUGCGCCAUGCCACGUCACCGCCACGCCACCGCCGCGCCUGAGCCUGCGCCACGCCACAGCCGUGCCUGCGCCACGUCACAGCCACGCCUCAGUGUGCUCCAUACAAGGUCUCAGGCACACCUCUUGCCAACAAACCAGCGUUGCAGGCCUUGUCCGUUCCAGAGCCAUCUCUCACUGGGCUAUUUGAGCUGGAAUUUGUUCCCGCACUUGAGCCCACCCUUAGUUCUCCUGAUCAGGCAAGGGGAACUUUUGAUGACCCUCAGAGCCCUGGACUCUGCCUUGGUCCUUCGAUCCCUCAGUCCCACCUUGGCCCCAUGUCCCUUCAGCUCCACCGUGGUCCUUCAGCCAAUUGGUUUCUCUGGGGUCCCUCGUCCCUCCAGCUCUGCCUUGGUCAGUUGGUCACCUGGCUCCGCCUGGCCUCUCCUAUCCUCCAGCUUUGCUUCAUCACUCCGAGCCUGCGGCUUCACCAAGGACCUCCUUCCCUACGGCUUCACCUUGGUCCUCAGUCCCACUGGUUCCACCUCUGUCUUCCGAUUCCCCCAGCUCCACUUCGGUCCUCUGAACCUCCGGCUCCACCAUGUCCUUUCGAGCCGUCGGCUACUCUCCGGGUACCAAGUUCCCUGGUGUUGCCCUUCAAGUCUCUCACUGCUCCAUCUUCCAUGGCUUCGCUCCUCAAGUCUCUUGGCUCCGCCCAUCGAGCCUCUCAUGGCUCCACCUUCCACUGGCAUUGCCCUGAUCUCAUGUUCCACGCCCUGUCUUGCCAAGCCACGCCUCAAGACCCCCCCCCCCCCAGCUCCCUACAGAACUUUUUGAUUGUCAUGUUUCAUGUGUUUGUUCAUGUUUUGGGGCAUCAGGAGCUGCCCCUAGUGGGGGGUAUAUGUAAUGUUUAAUAUGUUUGUUCAUGUGUUUCAUGUCAUGUGGUCCCCUGGUCAUG